AUGUCAAACAAGCCAUUCAGCGUCCUCAUCGCUGGCGGAGGCAUAGCCGGCCUCACGCUGGCAAACAUGCUGGAGAAAAUUGGCGUCGACUACUUGAUACUCGAGGGACAUCGCGAGAUGGCCCCUCAAGUCGGUGCGAGCAUCGGAAUCCUGCCGAACGGCUGCCGUGUUCUGGAUCAGAUCGGUCUUUACGACGAGAUCAGAAAACUCAUCGACGCGCCUCUUUUCGUCUCAUCUCUUCGCUCACCUGAAGGCUCUCCGAUCACUAGCUAUCGCGGCAUCGGAACUCAAGUGAAUGAAAGGCACGGGUAUGAUACCGUCUUCGUGGACCGCCAAAUGAUUCUCGAGGCGUUGUGGCGUAACCUCAAGCAUAAGAAGAACGUUCUCGUCAGCAAAAAGGUGACCAAAGUCGAGCUUGAGCCAUCGCGAGUCAAGGUUGAGACGAGCGAUGGAAGUUCUUACUACGGAGAUAUCCUGGUCGGCGCAGAUGGUGUCCACAGCAAAGUUAGGAAUGAGAUGUGGCGGAUCGCAGAUACUCUUGAGCCCGGUUAUAUCCCUGCCUCAGAGCACAAAGUCUACAAGUGCAUCUUCGGCAUAUCCAUCGACAAGAGCUGGGAGCAUCAGACCGUGCAGACGAACUUGAACAAGGGCUACUCCUACCUGGUCAUCAGCGGACCUCAAGACCGCAUCUACUGGUUCUUGUUUGUUAACAUGGGCAAGACACACUACGGGCCUGAGCCCCCUAGCUUUACAAAAAAAGACGAAGAGGUAUUAGUGAAUGAGCACAUGAACGACAAGAUCCUGGAGAACCGCACGUUCAGAGAUUUGUACUCCACAAAGAUCUCAUCCGUGCUGACCCCUCUCCCCGAGUACGUUUUCAAGAAGUGGCAUUUCCAACGCAUUAUGACUAUCGGGGAUGCGGCACACAAGGCAAGUCAUUCCCGAUCAUUUCAUCCAACAACUCCCACCUCGGCUAACGAGACUACCUUCUAG